UUAACCUUCAGACACAAAAAACCCUAGACACGUUUCUCAUUAGACACCUCGGUGCCCACGAAUUCCCCACGGUUUUUGUUCAUCGAUUCACACACAUAAACACUCAUAUAAAUCUUUACCACAAACACACUUAGAUCAAACACAAAGAAAUCUCGUCAAUUCGCGACACUUUCUUCGUAGUCGCCAGUAUUCCGUACUUAUACAUAUAGCUCUGUGUAUGUACAUAUCGAUGGCUGACCCUCCCCUACCCCCUCCACCUCCUCCGCCCCCUUUCAACGCGUGUCAAGAAGGUCAACCAAAAAACCCUCUUCCUCUUCAGUUACCUACCAAACCCACUGUAAUGACCACCACUUCUUCUUCUGCUGGCUCUCCAAGCCUCCCUAGUCCGGCGGCAACCGGGAAACAUCCAAUUUAUCGUGGGAUACGGACUCGUAGUGGGAAGUGGGUGUCGGAGAUACGAGAGCCCCGAAAAGCCAAACGUAUUUGGCUUGGAACAUAUUCAACGCCGGAGAUGGCAGCUGCUGCGUAUGAUGUGGCUGCUUUAUCACUUAAAGGCAGUGAUGCGGUGUUGAAUUUCCCCGAUUUUGUUGGGAAAUACCCAGUUCCAGGUUUACCGGAGCCUGCCUUGAUAAGGAGUGCGGCAGCGGCUGCAGCAGAGAUGAUGAAGCCUUCAGCGGAUCAGAGUGUUGUGUUGGUAUCACCUGCUGGCGGAGAUACCGAGCUACCGGCCGGGAAUGACUUUAUGGAUGAAGAAGCCCUUUUUAGUAUGCCGAAUUUGUUGGCGGAUAUGGCUGAAGGAAUGCUGAUGAGUCCGCCACGGCAGCACAGUACUGAUGAUUUGUCUCCGGGGGAUUCAUCUGAUUGUGAUAAUUUAUGGAGCUACUAGGCUUCUUUCCGCGUGUUCUACAAGCAUAAUAAAAUUUGAAGAAUGAAGUAGAAAGAGGGACUUGAAGUGACUAUGGAAAAGAAAUCGAAAUGAAGAAGGAUGCAAGAUCAAAAGAAAGAAGACGUGCGAACAAGUAGUAUGCAACUCAGCAUGCAUGAUCAUGAUCAUAAAGCAUGAGAAUUUUAUUUUUAUUGAAAUUUAUCAUGAUUGAAAUCAAAGAUGUUAUAUA